UCUGGUUGAACUAUAUCUCGAUGCGCGAUCAUAUUUAUACAAAUGGGUGUAAUGUAGUAGGUUAGAUUGUGCGAUCUAAUGAAUUUACAAGUCGAAACACACGCAUACAAGAUUGUAUUUUAGUUGAGAGUGACUUCGUCGCGCGACACAAUGCGUAGCUAAUUAAACAAAUCCGUGUAAGUGAAAACUGUGUGCCGGUUUACGUAAAAAUGCACACGAGCAAAGAUCAGGGUUGAUCGUAAGGAGCGUAAAAUUCGCUCGAAUUACUUAGGGAUUUGACUGUAUUUUUUCACAUAGCUCGGUUGAUUUUCUUUAUUAUGAAAAGACGGCAAAGAAGGCCGGUUUUGACGCUUAACAAGCCGCAGAGCAAUUACCACAUCGAUUACACACAGAGUAGAUGCAAGCCACUGAAUAAUGUACAAUCGACUCAAAGCGAAGUCAAUAAUCCGUUGGCCAAUUUGUGUCAAUACAAUUCCGACAGCGAUACGGAGGAUCCGAAGAAGGACGUGCAAAAGUUGGACGACCAGGUCAAUGAUUUUCUCAAGGAGAUCCAACUUAUUGCCCCAGAACAAUCUGUUCCAAAUAAUGUCGCAGUACAUCCCGGCUUAGCGACCAAGACAACUUCGCAAUCCACGCAUUCUACAAGUCAACAGACAUUUUGGCAAGAGUGCUUCGAUAAGGAUUCAGGUUAUCCUUAUUAUUGGCACACCGAAACCAACGAGACAACAUGGGACAUGCCGGAAGAGUUGCGCUUGAUAAGAAAACAAUCCGAAAUGGGUUCUGGUACGAAGCAUUCGGUCCAGGGAACUCGUUGGAUGGACUUCUCGUCUAUCACAUAUCGGCAAUCGCAGACAAAUAUACCGGAAGGUAUGAUACCGCAGGAGGUGGUGGCUAGGAAUCGCAACAGGUUUAUGCACAACGAGGUUCCGAAGAAAUGCAACUCGGAGAUCAAGACGGAAAUCAAGAAAGAAUCGCCUGUGAAAGACGACGAUUCGGACGACGGGCGAAUAGAGAUGAUCACGUCUUUUGGCAGUGACGGGAGCGACUCCGAGGACGAUGAUAAUUCCUCGGACGAGAAGAAAACGUCGUUGUCGCGCUCGUCAGAUUCGGGAAACGCGAGUUUCACAUCGUAUCCAACGAGCGGCGAAAUCGGGCCUGUUUUCUGUCCGACGCAGGGCGCGCAGUCGCUCGGCGCGAGUCAGUCUCGUUCGUACAAGUCCGAUUUGGUGUCGAACUCCACGAAUAAGAGUGACGAGCGCAAGGUGACGAAACCCGAUAACAAGACCAACAACGCGGAAGAUCCGAUUAAGAACAAAAAAGAUGUUAGAACGUACAAUGAAGUUCAGAAAUUGGAACUCAACGUGUCACUAGUACCUGGUUACGGCGACGAUUCGGAUGGCGAGGAAGAGGUCAAGUCCAAGCAGGAUGUAAAACCUCUGUUCCCGAUUUCGCAGAACGAGGAGGAGUACGCAAAUCCGACGAACUCGUUGAAAAACACUCACAGUAGUCUUGCAAAAAGUUCGGACGUUACCGCUUCCGAUCAGUGUAACGACGGCAACGAAGACACCCAAGAAACAAAAACCAGUCGGGAGAAAAUCGCGGAGGAAAAGGACUCGAAGGUGGACGAGGAGAAGUCCAAGGCGAAUAUAUUUCUCGAAGACAUACAGCAAGUUUGCGGCAAAGCCUUUCAAAGAAAAAGACGAAUAGCAUUUGACGUCACGUCCGCCAAGAAACAGAAUAACGCUUAUCAUGACAAUGCGGUUCAGGACGAUAACAGCAGCGAUCUCGCGAGUAGCGAAACUUCGCGUAAUACGGAGGACAGCGACGCGGGAACGCAAAGUACGUCGUGCGCGGAAAGCAAAAAAGAACGCGACGAAACGACCAAAGAGACGGAACAGUGCGUCGGUGCCGUGAGCGAGGAAAAACCCGCUCCCAAGGACGAGUUGUACGAUACGGAGUCGCCUGUCGAGCCUAAACCAGCGGAUGUGGAAGAAAAAGAUAAAGAGAUGACCGAGUUGUCUCAAAUUGUAACGGAGAAGUUGAAGUUUCUUUCUGAAGGAAGAGAAAGCGUCUCCGCCGUUCAAACAAUGCAAAUACAACUGCAAACAUUGUCUACCGCAUGGACAGCGGGUAGCUUAGAGGAUAGCUACUUUCAAAAGUGGCUAACUAGUACAAAUCACGAAUUGGAACGAUUAGAGGAAAAUGUGGCGCCAGACGGCUGGCUAUGCCAGUGGGAUAGGUCGCAUAAACGGUAUUACUAUCAUAAUACCUCCACUGGGACGUCACAGUGGACUUAUCCCGACACCGGUAUUGCCGGUGGCACCGAAGAGAUGGAAUUGUGCACAACUCCGCCACCUGAAUCCGAAGAAUUGUCAGUCACGGAAUUGCCCGGAACGAAUAAGACAAAGGAGAAAGAAGCAGCGGACGAGACUGGCGGUAACAAAACGAGCGAAGAGACCGCGUCGGACGGACCGUCGCCCGCGGAACAACAGGCACCACCUUCGCAGAUGUCUGCCAAUUCGAGUUCGUCGUCACCUUCGAGGAUAUUCGCGACGGAUCUGAAGAGUAAGAAGAAGAGGGACAGACCCGACGACAAAUCCCUAGACGUGAAGAGAAAACGUUUAGAUAGGCCAACGAUUCCAAGUGCAAUGCAGGCGAUGAAUCCUGCCUUCGAAUCCUUGCCCUACGUGCAGGCGACCGUGUCACCUCAAACUUUACCACCGAACAUGGAACCUCUGCCGCCGGGUGUGGAUCUGUCGGACACGCCGUACGAAGCGGCCACGCUGAAGGGGAUAAUAUAUAGCGCGGCGUCGCAGCAGGGUAACCCGAUUUACGCGCCGUCGAUAAGUAAUCCGACAAUACCUAUAUUGAGCCAUCAGGCGGGCUUGCUGCAGGAAUCGUUUGUUCAUUAUCCCUUUCAGCAUUUGCAAGGCACAAUCGCAAUCGCGAACAAGCACAGUGGGCAGAGUGCGGUUCAACUGAUGGUGGGAUACGCGCCGACAACUUACACAAACAAAGUCAUUACCAAGCCGCCGGAAAUCAUCAAAGCCUCGAAGGAGUCAUUUAAAUCCGCGCUUGAUUCCUUUUAUAACGACAUCGCGUGUAUUGAAAAACCGAAGCAAGUGGCGCAGCAUCAGGACACCGCCACCACCUCCGUGAUGAACGAGCAAACGCCCGUUCCGACGGAAGAGACGAAGCCGGAAAUUGUUGAAUCGGAAACGAUGCCAAAUGACACAACGACGAAAGAACGAAAAAAGAAGAAGACGAGAAUUACGAACAAAAAGCACAAGGAAGUAUCGACCAUGGUGGCCAAAUGGCAAAAGGUCCAGAAGAAUUUAGAAAAUACUGUGUAAAUAUGCAAUAGAGUUCAAACCAAAUAAAAAAUAAAAUUAAUAUGUAAAUUGUUGAAUUAUUGAAUAGAGUAAGAGGCUAAAGAGAAUGUAUAAAAAAAUUCGAGAUUAUUC